UCUCAACACCACCUUCUUCUCGCGCCAUCAUGAAGGAUUGCCAUCGCAACCCUCUGCACGCAAACUGAUGCGCCUCCAUUCUUUCGCCUUCUAGCUGGUUGUUUAAAUAAUCCUCCCGCGGCUCCUGCCGCAUCCCGCUGUCAACAUGGCUUUCCAGGCGUCCGUCGCUGUGCAGAGUGCCGUUUCUGCUACCUCUGAACUGUGGCCUACCAUGUCCGCCGUCCUGCAGGCCCCAUGGAAAGGCCUGGGACGACAGGCGUCAACCGGUGGUGCCAGACAACCACAUGCGCAGACCUCGGAGACCGCUCCGAUCGCGCAGGCAUGGACAAGGGUAAAAGAGACUUCGCUUUCUAGGUCGCGGCGCAUACUAAAAGCAUCCCAGCAUCGCUCUAUGCUCAUCGUCCCCGAAUGUCUCGAAUCCGUAUCCAUGUCUGCGUUGCGUCAAGCGCCUUCCCCGCAAGCCUUGAAGUCGAUACCCACCGUAGCCGGAACGAUAUCUGCAGUACCGCAGAAUGCGCUCCGUCACUGCAACCCGAUCACGCGUAGCAUACCCUUCAACUCGUUCAUGGCGAAGCGGCAGUAUUCGACCCUCCCGCGCACCAGCCCUCUCUCGAACCUCCGUCCGUUCCCAAAGCCGGGGAGUGUCGGACUAUCUCUGCUCCAACAACGAUCGAUCUUUGGCGGACCUUCUCGCAGCCAGCUCGCCCGAUACGAGCAGGCCGCUAACAACAACCCCACGAGCGCCGCAUCCCAGGCUACUUUCUACCAGGCUCUGCUUCGCGCCAAUAUGCCCCAGAUAAUCAUCGACAGAUACCGAACUGGACAAUUCGCUUCCAACCCUGUCGUCGAACAAGCGUACCGGAAAGCCUUGGAGAAGACCGGUCAAUCGGAUACCGUUGCGACUCAGAUUGGACAAAACGGCGAAGCUGUUGGUGGGUUAUCCCCUCAGCAGAUGCAGGCUAUCGGGCAAGCUGUUGGUACUCACGUCGGAAGAGGCCAAAUCGGCAAAACGCGGGGCGGAACCGGUCAAAAGGCCGAUCCGCUGUACGUCGUCGUCGAGGAGCCCCUGUGGAGCCACAUCGCCAAAUGGAUCAAAUGGCUCCUGGGUUUCGGCCUUGCUGCCUACUUUGCCUUGAUUGUGAUCACUCUCUUCGUCGAAACCAGCGGCGUCCUGAAGAAGGUCGGCGGUGGUAGCACCGCCGAGGUCCGCCCCGAACAUCAGAACACCCGGUUCAGCGAUGUCCAAGGCUGUGAUGAGGCGAAGGAAGAGCUUACGGAUAUUGUCGACUUCCUCAAGAACCCCGAACGGUACAACAAGCUUGGUGGCCGCCUGCCAAAGGGUGUGCUCCUGAUCGGCCCUCCCGGAACCGGAAAGACCCUGCUCGCUCGCGCUGUUGCGGGUGAAGCUGGCGUCCCGUUCUUCUACAUGUCUGGCUCUGAAUUCGACGAAGUCUAUGUUGGUGUUGGUGCUAAGCGUGUCCGCGAGCUUUUCAGCGCUGCUCGCGCAAAAGCACCUGCUAUCGUAUUCAUCGAUGAGCUUGAUGCUGUUGGUGGAAAGCGAAAGUCACGAGAUGCGAACUACCACCGCCAGACCCUUAACCAGCUUCUGAACGACCUGGAUGGCUUCGACCAGUCCACCGGUGUUAUCUUCAUUGCCGCGACCAAUCACCCCGAAAUACUCGAUAAGGCCUUGCUCCGACCCGGUCGCUUCGAUCGCCACGUGCAGGUUGAGCUUCCAGACGUUAGGGGUCGGCUAGCUAUCCUGAAGCACCACACCAAGAAGAUUCGUCUCUCUCCUGAUGUCGAUCUCUCCAAGAUCGCUCGAGGAACCCCUGGCUUCUCUGGAGCUGAGCUGGAAAAUCUUGCGAACACUGCUGCCAUCCAGGCUUCAAAGCACCAGGCCAAAUGGGUUUCGAUCCUCGAUCUUGAAUGGGCCAAGGACAAGAUCAUGAUGGGUUCCGAGCGCAAGAGCAGGAUCGUCCCUCUUGCAGAUAAGCUCCAGACUGCCUACCACGAGGGUGGCCACACUCUUGUUGGCCUUUACACGAAGGGGUUCAGUGAGGUUCACAAAGCGACUAUCUUGCCUAGAGGCCACGCCGCCGGUAUAACCUUUUUCCUCCCACAAGAAGAGCAUCAUCGCUCCAGGCAACAAUACAUUCGCGAUCUCCAGGUCAGCAUGGGCGGCAAGAUGGCGGAGGAGAUUGUGUACGGCCCUGAGAACGUCGGCGACGGUGUCUCCGGUGAUAUUCAGCAAGCAACGAAGGUCGCUUACGCCAUGGUCACAUCAUUCGGUUUCUCGGAUCUGCUCGGCAACGUCGACUUCCGGUCCAACUACGAACAGGUCUCGCCCGAGACAAAGCGUCUCAUCGAUAAUGAGGUACGGCGGCUCAUUGAUGAAGCCAAGGACAGCGCUAGGAAUCUCCUAGAGAAGCAUCGUCCCGAGCUGGAUCUGCUUGCAGCUGCCCUAGUUCAGUACGAGACGCUGGACAAGGAGGAGAUUGUGAAGGUUAUCAAAGGCGAGAAGCUGCCUGAUCGACUGAUGGCGAUGCCGGAUACUCCCAUCAAGAUCCCCGAGAAGAUGCCGCUGCCCCCGGCGGUGGUUUCGCCCGUGCCAAGCAACGACGACAACGGACCACGAGGCUCUGGUGUGCCCGCGUAGACGGACGGCAAACCUUGGUGUUCCGAAACUGUGGUCAACCACCACAUUGCAUUCUAGCAUGCAUGUGAGGCGAAUGGCGUUACUACCAGCAAGCCCUCCCCUCGUUCUCCCCGAACUAGGCCUACCCUAUUAAAAGGGAGCUUCCGACUUCCGGUCAGUCAUUCCUGGGACAGGUUUUUUUUCUUUGUAACAUUAUAUGGUAUUGGUAUGCUAGCGCUUAGCAAGCGGGAAGAGUACUUGGGGCUCUUUGAGCUUGCAUGCUUUUUUGCAUCGAAUGAGCGAUAAGCACUUGGGUGUAGUCUAGACUGGCUGGUACGAAAUGAAAAAGGUAAAAAAUCACUGUG